GGAAAUUGCUCCCAGCCACGUCGGAUUGUGAGUCAUGAGUCAACACGCACUCGGUCUUCGCCGCAUAGCGCCUCGCGCCCCUGAACAAUGGCGGAUACCGACUGCUGCCUGUGAAUUGUGGUCAUUGGAUGCCGAAGCCUCCUCUUCUGCCUGCUUCAGAAGCCAGCCGUGCCACGUUGGAAGCACGGCAUUGUAGCUCUCCGUGGAGUCCAUGAUAAGAAGUUGCAGGGGAUGUGUUCAGCAUUCCUCUUUGGAGGGCCCAGGCCUCAAACUGCGAUGUUCUGAGGAUUGAUUUUGGGGGAGUCAUUUCCUUGGGAAUCGGGGUGCAGAAUUGAUUACAGGGCGUUCAGAACGGUGAAUAAUGUUAGAGGUUGCAGGACAUGCAAUGGACGACCGGGUGCUCCUGGCCAGUGUCAAGAGCGGGGUGUGGGACUCAGUGUUGUACUCGUCUGUUCUCCCACUGUGGACGUCCGUUGCAGCGGGGCUUGUGAUGGGGUGGGGGUGGAGGCACAGGUGGCUCCCCCUCCUGACGCUCGUUCUGCAGCGACCAACCUUGACCGCCGGCGCUACAACCCCGGCGCAAAAGAGGUUUUGGCUGGGCCUGACAGUGGCUGCGGGUGUCCCGCUGCUGCAGUAUGCCUGGGGGGCGUUCUCGCAGAGGGUUUGGAAAGGGAAGCAGCACAGCAUUGAAGGGGCCGACUGCCGCGGGCGCCCGGAGGCCCCGCUGACGUCAGCAUCUCUGGCGUCCCUAGUCACGGAGGCAGACCUGGCUGACUUUAUGCGGCAGCUGAAUGGGGAAGACUUGGAGGAGAUGCCGUGGGAACAGAUCCUCGACAAGACGUCAGAGCACCUGAGCUAUGUAUCCUAUCGGAGAGACCCCAGAAAUGGCGGUCCAACACAGUAUUUGAGCAAGACCACCUUCUUUGGUUGCUCCCCCCCCCUCCUGCGUGACUUCUACAUGGACGAUGAGUACCGUGGCGCCUGGGACAGCUCCCUGAACAGCGCCCGCCAGCUGGCGCUCUGCAAUGAGAGUGGGGUGGAGGUCGGACAUUGGGUCAAGAAGCUGCCGCUGUUUGGGGCAAAUCGGGACUACGUGCUCGCAUGGCGUGUUUGGGAGGAUAGCAAGGGGAGCUUCUACUGCGUAACCAAGGCCUGCCAGCACCCCUUCGCUCCAUCUCAUCCCAGCACGAAACGGAUCGAAGUCUACACCUCGUCUUGGCGAAUAAGAGCCGUCCCGUCGAUGAUUCCUGGGGGCCCGCCCUCGAGCGAGGUCACCCUAGUUCACCAGGAGGACAGCGGCAUCCAGCGCGACAUGGCCAAGAUGGCCAUCCGCCGGGGCGCCUGGAACUUCGUCAAGAAGAUGGGGCCGGCGCUUGAGGGCUACACGCACUGGCACGCCACGCAGCGCGUCUCGAAGGAAAGCGCGGUCUCGCUCGCGCACCGGCUGCCGGAGCACCUAGACCCGGGGGGCCCCGCCGCGAGAGGUCGCGCGGAAAGCUCGGGGGCGGAAGGCGGCGAGCUGCGGAGGUCGGCCUCUAUGCGGGGGAGCCGGCGGCGGAAGAUUGCGUUGGUCGCGGCGGGGGCGCUGCUCGCGGCGGCGAGCGGAGGGGGCCCGGCUUUGGGAGCGAAAGUGUUGACUAUGGUUCUGCCCGUCCUUGGCCGGAAGCUGAAGCAGAGAGGGCGGUCGUAAAACGGGUUAAGGGCCCGUUUGCGUAGAGGUUGUAUCUUAGGACGUGUUGCUCGCUUUGCCGUUGGCGCGAGCCAACAAUUGACCGCUCAAAUAUGAAGAGAGCCGUGAGGAAGCCGUUCGAUGUGCCAUAAAAGGAGAGCCGAAAUUAGGAAACAGAUGCCAUUUAAGAUUGAUUAGGCUAGCGAAGACCGUAGAAGGGGUAAGUUGUGCUCAUACACUUCGAGAAAAGGCGCCGGAAGGGUUUGCAAAGCAAUAUAAUAACGCAUCGGCUGCCGGGUCGAGCAUCAAGCAUCCUUCGAGAUUGGGGGCCUUUUUAGCGAGUUAGCCUGCUGUACAAUAACGUCUCGAAACACCGAUUCUUUGCACCGUUAAGGCAAGGUGCACCCAUGAAGCAGAAGCCGUUAGGGUGGACGUUAGAAUUGAUUGCGAAGAUUGAUCAUAUCUUCAAGGAGCUAAAUGCUCCAAGUGGGGCUUGCAUCGCGACAUUGAAGCAGCGUUGUUAUAAAGGUCAACCGAGAUGUCCCGUUUUUGACAAUGCUGAAUCACCAACAUUUCCAUGAACCCGAU